AAGUAAAAUUAAACAGUAACUUAUACUUAUUUUGAGUAUUUUUUCAUUAAUGUACCAUCUCGCCUCGACGCCUCCUCCUCUUUCUUUCUGAAUAGCUCUGAGUCCAACAAACUACAACAAUCAUUCUACGUAUAUAACGAACCAGCUUCUAUUCCACCUCCUUCUCUUAAGCCCGGUCGUUGCUAGCGACUGUCAACCAAGACGCUAUGUUCGGCCGACUCUUUCGUGGUAGACUCAUCUUCCUAUUAUUUGGGAUUGGGAUUGGUGCUUUCCUCGGUUCUUCCAUCACCUACACGCUAUCUGCAGCUUGCAAUGAGUUGAGGCCAUACCAUAAAAGAGACAUGUUUGGAACUGAAACUAGAAUUAUUGAUAUGAAAGAUAUAUUGAAUAAAACAGAAAAGCGGCAAGACUUCCCUGCCCACCCCUCAGCCCUCCCUUCCUCUGGCUCCUCCUCCUCCUUUCCCUCCUCUACUAUUGAGAACUCACUAACAAUAGCCCUCCUACCAUCAGAAGACAGCACACCUGAUUCAAUCAGCGCGGCUGCAAACACUUGGGGUCGAAUUGUCUCCCAGCUGGUAAUAUUCGUUGACGAUAGUACCGAGACUUUAUCAGUUCCGCCUGGCGUGAUGGUAAACCGCCAGUUUAAAUUACCGAAAUUGAAUAAUCAUCCAACCACGCUUGAGAUGCUACAGAUAUUACGCUAUCUUCACGAGAGCGUCUACAAUGCCUCAGAGUGGUUCUUACUCGCUUCCGAUAAGGUUUACAUAAACUAUUACUCGUUUCAGAACUUUCUAGACUCUCUACCUCCCGAGGCUUCUUACGUUGGGGCUUCUUCGCUCGAAAUAUCGGACGCUUUUACGUAUUGUUCGAAAAAAGGAGGCGUGCUACUAAGCAAGAAAGCUUUAAAGAAGUUAAUAACGUCAUAUGAAGAGUGCAUUAAGUGGGCUCCAGCAAUCUACUCGUGGGACAAGGGCCUUGGAAAAUGUUAUGCUGAAGUUAUGACAGGUGGCUGCCAUCCAGGACUAGAGACAUUCUUCCUUCAAGAUGAUACAAGGAUUCCACUAGUCGAAAUCUUAAACAAAGAAGACUCCCUCCUCACCAAUGCCUUCUCCCUCUAUCCCAUCUCAUCAGUAGAGAGGAUGUAUUCUGUCCAUUACUACUACGCUACAAUCGAAUACAAGAAGUAUUCUCUGAAAGCUGAUACAGCUGGUAAUAUGAUGAUGGAGGCCUGCCAGGAGUUACCCAACGCUCUCUUAGAUGAGGAUAUUGUACAGAUUGGUUGCGAUCUGGUACGAGGAGAUGAUCAAAGUAUUCUCGACAGUCAGAAGAACCUUAUCAAGUAUCGUCGGACGACCAGAUACCGGCCUAUUAAUCAUUACCAGUAUCGCAACUGGCGUUAUUUUGACACUAAUAAUCUUUAUAACGAUGAGACUACAGAGCCUCAUCAUCACGUUGGACUCUUUAAGUAUCUAUCAAGAGAGUUUAGACGUGCCACAGACCAAGCCACGAAAGAAAUAAAUAAGAAAUAUGCCCCGAAGCGGUAUAAGCUUCGUACGAUAAUAAAUGGGUUUGUCAAGAACGAUCCUAUUUUUGGUAACGAUUACAUCAUAGAUGGGAAAUUUGUUGACGUGAAACAUACCUCAGCGGCUCUGUAUGAGCGUGUUAGGAUCUUCCAGCCCAUUCAAAAUGGCUAUACUGUAAAACCGUCAAAGAACGAUGCAAGUGAAUUGAUUAAUAUUGUCGUACCGAUAUCCGAUGUUACCCAGCGUUGCUAUGACUACCUUGAGAUGUUUGAGAAGAUUUAUUCCCGGGACGACAAGCUGCGACUGGUUUUGGUCAUUUUCGGCAAAAACGACGUCCACGACAUAGAAGAGAAAAUUAACGAGAUACGACAGACCACGCCCAAAGUGAACAUAGUCAUAGUUAAAGGGAAGGGUAACUUCUCACGUGCUCAGGCUCUAGACCAAGGAAUGAUGACACUAGAGAAGAAUGAUUUGGCUUUCCUCUGUGACGUUGACAUGGAGGUCAAUAUUACGUUCUUUGAUCGCUGCCGAAAGAACACGAAUCAAGGAAAAAUGGUCUAUUACCCCGAGGUUUUCAAAAUGUACAACUCCCGUUUUCUAAACCCAGAUAAAAACGCUCGAAGAAAGCACUCACGUUUCCGUGGGCAUUGGGGCGGCUAUGCUUUUGGAAUGCUCUGUAUUUAUAAAUCAGACUACACUAAAGUGGGUGGACUCAAUACUAAGAUGAUGGGGUGGGGUGGUGAAGACGUAGACCUCUUUCAAAAGGUUUUGAAGAGUCGUAUCGAGGUCCUGAGAGCUCCGGACGUUGGUCUCAUUCAUAGAUGGCAUAAAAGGAGCUGCUCAAAAGCCUCACUGACAGAGAAUAAUUAUAAACAGUGUCUGUCGUCAAGAGCUGAAGCGUUAGGUGAUAAAAGGCCACUGGGACACUUUUUAUAUCUCCUGCAAGAUAUGUAUCCUGAUUUGAAACAGAAACUACAAAUUCCUGUAUAGUUUAUAGUGGAGGCUGGGUAUUGUUGAGUUUUUACAUGAUUAAACUAUUAUUAUUAUUACCAUUAUUAUUAUUAUUAUUACUAAUACUAUUAUUAUUAUUAUUAUCAUUAUUAUUAU